GAAUUUAAACGAUCGCCACGAUGCUGGUGCUUUCAGUGCCAUGGAUAUCGCAUACGAACGAUAAGAGGCACAAGACGCCGAUAUAUUCUUUGGCGGUUCACCCGCAGGGGCAAAAACUGGCAACCGGAGGACAAGAUUCAAAAGUCAAACUCUGGAAUCUGGCGGCGGUUUACGAUGAGACGCUCGAGAAUGACCGUGAUACCCCAAAGCUAUUGGCCACAUUAUCUGCGCAUAGCGGCACCAUCCUCUGUGUCCGUUGGGCCAAUGAGCAUGGGCAAUACCUAGCUUCAGGAGCAGAUGAUUGCAAGAUCGUAAUAUGGGUUCAAGACAAAACCUCGAUUUUUCGAAACAGCACCUUUGGGGAGCCUGACUCGACGCGGGCAGUUGAGUCAUGGCGAGCAGUGAAGGUUCUAGUUGGUCAUGAGUCAGAUGUUGCGGAUCUGGCAUGGUCCCCUGAUAACAAGUAUCUUGCGUCAUGUGGUUUUGAGACUACGGUGUAUAUAUGGGACGGACAAAGCUUUGAGAAAAUAAUGAAGCUACAAGCACAUACAGCGUUUGUUAAAGGGAUAACUUGGGACCCAGUCGGUAAAUAUCUUGCCACCCAGGGUGACGACAAAACAACCAAAAUAUGGCGAGUUGCUGAUUGGGCGGUGGAAAAGGAGAUAUCAGAGCCAUAUAAAGCGGCAGCAUCUACGACCUUCUUCCGACGAUUGAGUUGGUCACCUGAAGGGAACUGUAUAGUAACAGCCAACGGGGAGAAUGGAAAUAUACCCGUAGCCCCGAUAAUUCAGCGUGACGGUUGGAGUACUGACGUUAAUCUCGUUGGACAUGUGGCCCCGAUAGAAUGCGCGCAAUUCAACCCAGUAUUAUUCGAAAUUCCGCCGUCCAUGAGGACAGAGGGCCAGACUGAUGCUUCAAAUGCCUCUGCUGUUUGCGCUAUCGGGAGCCAAGAUAGCACCAUUUCAUUUUGGUGGACGGCUACAGCACGAGCUAUUGCGGUCGGUAAAUCUCUCUUCAAACACAGUGUCUUGGAUAUGUCAUGGACACCGGAUGGCCAAUGUCUUUUUGCUUGCUCUUACGAUGGUACAGUUGGAGUUAUCUCGUUUGAGGCCGAUGCAUUCGGUACACCACUCGCAGCUGCUGAAAAGGAGCGUGUGUUGAACACUCUUGGAGUCAAGCGCAAAGUUGUCCUGGAAAGUACAGAGCAGCUUGCUUUGGAAGAGCAAAAUCGCAUUGAGAACAAGAAGAUUCAGUCCACACGGAUUGCAAAUCUGAUGGAACCGACUACUGCUAGUUCUGGGAACGUGUCAUCAGGCCUCAGUUCAUCCCCCAAGCUAAUGACUCCCGUAAAACCUCCUUCAACACCAACCCCCAUGAAUCAAAAGGUGACAAAAACCCCGGAUGGAAGGAAGCGUAUUCAGCCCACCUUCCUCAGCAGUGGACUUGAGCCACAAGUUUCCUCGAUUUCACAAGCUGUGUCAACUAGCUCGAUGGACAUAGACACUGAUGGGCCAAGUGACGGCGUGUUCAUCUCUGGCGGCGAUGGAUCGGGUGGCAUACCGACCACUAUUGGAAAGAGACGCAAAAUCUCAGACUCUUCUACAAACGGGAAUGGAACGUUGCAUAGUGACUCAGAUGCGACUCGAGGACCACCUGUGGAGUAUGUCUUACCGACAAUCAUUGAAGCCCGCCGUCCUGUGAACUUGGCUGUGCCGAAAGUACAGGGCAAACUAGUGACACAAGUGCCGUUUGGAAAGGAGGGCGACUCGCUGGCUCUGGAAUGUGACAAUAGCAGGAAGACCGUGAAAAUCGUUUGUACACGCGGGACAGAGCAGCUAUGGGCGGAUACUCUUCCCAAGCAAGUUCUUCUUUUGGGGGGAAGUCAAAGCUUCAUAGCCGCUGCCUGCAUUGAUGGGAGUUUAUACGCUUACUCUCCAGCGGGACGAAGACUGUUUCCUUGCAUUGCUCUCGAAGCCGCACCAUCCUUCAUGUCGUGUCAUGGCCAAUACCUCAUGUGUCUCUCCGCCAUUGGAACAGUCAGUGUGUGGAAUAUCGUGCGACAGACAAUUGCUAUUCAAUCCACGAGCAUUGUCCACCUAAUUCGCUCCGAUUCCCACGGUGCGUCGUCCGAGGAAGAAUCGGUUGACAUCACAAUCAGAAAUGCCUUCCUUAGACCCGAAGGGAUACCCGUGCUCACAACAUCAGCAUCCUGUACGUAUACCUACCAUCCUGGCAUGAAAGUAUGGAUGAAAAUUGAAGACGCGGAGGAGCCUCUUGUACCGAAUGCAAUGAGCGGAGGCCGAAAUUCUUCACGUGAACCAUUUCGCAUCAAAACAUUAUCUCAAAUGGAGAACCAAAUGGCAAGUCACUUGACCUUACGUUCUUCAAACGACUAUCGAAACUGGCUGAAGCGGUAUGCCCGAAAUCUCGCGGAUGAGGGUGCGAGCUCCAAAGUGAAAGAGCUGUGUGACGAUUUGUUAGGACCUUCGACAAGGCCAACAGUAAUAAGCAGUCCUUCUGGCCCUGCGGAUGAAUGGGACCCGAUGAUACUGGGAAUGCCGAAACGAAGUUUGCUAGCAGAAAUAAUACCAAUUCUGGGACAAAACCGGAGUCUGCAACGAACAGUACUACAGUACAAAGAGACUCUUGACGAGCUUUACCAGAAGGAGCAUCUAAAUCAGGUCAGGAUAUGACCCCGCAACGAGUGAAAUCUUUUUCUUGUAUAAUAUAUGUACAACCAGUUUUUCGGACAAAGAGCUCUUGAUGACGUCGCUCUAGUUCACUCUCC